CACUACAUUGUAGGACCUCAAUUACACACUGACGAAGAGCUUGCCAAAGAAUUGCACCAUAUGGGCUUGAUCCUGGGGGUGCACGAAGGCUGCCUAUUUUGGAUUUUACGAAUGUCGGCCUGGCCAACGGCCUGUAGCGCUCCAUGGAGUGUCUUAUGUAUACAGGUAAGUCCCCUUGAUCGAGCUGGCGAAACAUUCGACCACGUGACGUCGGCCUUUCUUGUCAUCGCAGAUGGGCGCGAUGAACAACAGUCAGUCGUCUGCUGAGAUUUGAUAUUGGCCAUGCUCAAAGCGAGGGUCACGGCUUGAAACCCGGGAGCCACGAAUCUUCUAGAUACUUGAGGGUGGCGGCACCCAGAAUAUGAAGUCGUUCCGAAGUCUCCAAGAUUACUCUCAUGGGCACCAAAUCAAUCUUAUCGUCAAAUUCAGGUAUCAAUCUCAGGUGUCAAUCUCCCUAUUGGCAUGGAUUGUCAAUCAACCUUCGCACCUGCAUUGCGACCUAUUGCACCACUGCAUUCUUCAAGUGGACCCAAGGCAACACAUACUUGCGGACACUCAAGUGGCACCUCCCGCUGCCUCAGGAGACUCGGAUGGAAGGAGCCGUUGGGUGGGAAGGCGCCGGUGCGUGGGGAGGUAUUAUAUUUCUUUCCUUCUGCCUAACCGAUUCGCCUCCUUUUCUCUCCUCCAAGUCCACGUUUUGUGUUCGUAGCAAUGUGUCCUCAGCACCUCUGGCCAACAGGCCCAAUUAUUGCUACACUCCUCUCCCUUUUUGGGGGCAAACAUGGGUGCAGGACCACUCAACCUCGCUCUCCCACGCAGGAUGGACCGUCUCGCAAUCGUCGCUUUUAACAGAUCCAGCAGAGACAAGCUCGAGUGCCGCCCGGAUCUGACGAUCUUUCUCCAGUGUUACCUCUUGGACAAGCAGAGUUUUGGGUUUCCUAACAUUCCUCAACCACAUCCACCAUCAUAUGUUGCAAAUAUGCAUGAACCAAACACUCCUGCUCCUUCGGGAUCCAGCAGCGUCUCAACGGUUAUCCUUAAUAACCGUAUGCACAUGUUGAACAACCCUGCCUCAACGAUCUUUCUUCAACUGCUGUCUUCCCCAUAUCACUGAAUCCACCGACGCCACUAAAUCAACCACAAGCACCUGCCAUGGGAAAUCGUCAUCGUCCUUGCCUGAACCUCAGCAUUGCCCUUUCUCCGCCACAAGAGUGGUGAGUUUCACGGAGCGCGCGAGCACCUGCCCUACCAAAGACGCAUGAUUCGGUUUCCGAGGCACUCAAUGCGCUGGCAAACCUGGCGCAGGGAAACAGGGAUCUGCACUCUUACAUUGAGGAGGCCAAGAGCAUACGCAGGCGACUUGGGACACAAACGGAAACCAUGGAAAACGACAAAUGUGACAGGAUUAUUUUGUCAUUCUUCAUGUUUGGGCCUCCAGAACUCGGCUGUACCUAAGCCCCGGGUUGUGUGGAAUGUGUCUGUGGAAAGCACCCGGCCUCUCAAUGCCUCAAUAUGAGCCUCAAGUAACUCGUACACGAGUUCCAUGCCAAUCGCAUCGGAUUCCUGAGGUCCUUGUCCCGGAGGCCCGAGAUCUCUUGCGCGCCAACCGGGAGUCCUGGCGAGCGGCUUGGGGCCGCCGGCGUAACAGUGACGCCCACAUAUUUUAUCUCCCAGCUCACAAUCAGCGCGUCGCAGGUGCUGCCAAGACAGGUGGUUCCGGCGGCUCGCCUGCAACCCCAGCCCGUUCUGGUGCGCGUGGUCCCGCUGCCCGGCGAUUGGGCCCAACCCCUAUUGCGCCUAUUUUGCGAAGCUUGCUGGCCGCCGCCAACGGGUCUCCGUCGCCGUCUCCGCCAGCCCCGACUCCCGCUCCCUGGCCAUUGGCCGUCUCCCCCGAGGACUUUGUGGCGAGAGUAAAGAAAUCGAUUUCCAUGUCCAGGUUUCCCAAGCGCAAGUGCUUAGAGUUCAUGUCUUGCUUUGGGCGGACGUACAAGCGAUCCUGGACCUGUGCGUGUCAUUAUACCAAGCACUUAUGUGGGGUGAACUCUAAGUUCAAAGUUGGGCACUAGAACGUUGGGUGAAGCAUGUUUCGGAGUGACAAUGUAGCUGAAUGCGCGGGUUCGAGUCUGAAAAAGAUAGCAUUCCAAGACAUGCGAAGCCUGGAAUUCAUCCGGAUUCAGACCACCCGCCGCUCCCUGCAAGGAGGCUGGCCGUAGAUCUGAACGGCCCACUCGUCAAAGCCCAGGCACCUGGGUUGAGUCUGUUGGUAUCCGGGAGGGACCAGGCUUGAUCGUCACACCGAUGCCUGCUCUGCAGUGUCACAAGAACCAUCAGGCGGGCGCACAAACUUGGUGUGGGCUCACCACUGUGAGCUGCCAGCAGCGGUCAUGCUUUCAAUGACCUGGUCUCGUCAUCGAACGGCCUAGACUUCAACGCAGUGCUGGUGGCAGGUAGCUCCUCAACAAGCGAAGCCAAGGCCAACCCAACCAAGGAUGUCUCCUCAUCCUGGCCAGGAAAGUCUGACUUCUUUGAACAUGGCACAGUCGUUCUCUCACGCUCAUCACAAGCGCGGGCGCCCUUCCCCGGCCUGCCAUAGGCUCGCAACUCUACUCACUCAAAUCAGAAAUCUUAUGCCGCCGUCCAAUCCUUCGAUCUCGGUUGAUUUGUCCAUUGAGCCAAGUCCAUGACCGAAUAUGCGGAAUUUUGUAGACUUGAGACGCUCGAGGGACUUGUCCACUGGGAAGCAUAGUCGGAGAGAUAUCAGCAAUGGGAGUAGCCCCACAGGACGGACGGCUCAGGUACGCUCUAGGCAUGGACUAUGUGUCCAUGUUUGGCGUACUCCUUUGCAGACUCAAAGACCGCUCGCACGUCUCUUUGCGAUAUUGAAACAGCAUCAAGCCGCAGCACAGGGUUCCGAUGAAAGAUCUGCUCAGUCGAUAGCCUGUUCUCGUAUCGUCGUCCGUAGUUUCUCCAAACGUCCAGAACGAUCCUUGCCAGGUUCUCGGUGGUCUUCUUGAUGUGGAGUUGGUGGUCAGUCUCGCAGAAGGGGCACUUGAACACGUCAGAUUUCUCCGCGCCUAAUCUCAUGCUUGCGAGGGCUUGCUCGAAGGUCUGCCUUAUCUCGUUGAUGAGCUGGCCAGUGGUAAUUAGGUGCAGGCAUACAUCCGGGGUCAUGAAGCGCCUCAUCGCUGACAUCUCUUCACCCGACCCUGCCUCUACCUCCGUUCGGCUGGCUAGGAUGAGUUGGCCGUCCACCAACCGCGCUUCGUGAGUUCGAGACACGCCAUCGUGGUCUUGGCCGCUCAUGUUCAGGAGAGAUACAGGCAAGCCAAAGCCGUAAAGAGGACCCUGCUCGUAGUCCCGCAAGAUCAGGUCGACCACUCCACGUGUCAGCCUGAUGGAUUUGUCGUCACCUGCUUGAAAGAGCUGAGCGCAUUGAAAUAGUAUAUCCGCCACCAGAUGCUCGUAGGCACGCGGACAGUUAUACUGGAAGAAUUCCGUCAUCGGCCAGAGAUACAGACGGGCGCACGAGCGACAUGUCAGAUAUUCCGGGUGAUCUCGUUCCAGGAGUUGCAGGAACCGCACCUUGGCGUCCUUAUCGUCCUUAAAGGUCAGGUCAAGCCGGGAGUUGAGAAGCCCAUGAAGUCGACGACACGAGAGGCUCAACACGAGCUGAUACUCUAAGUCCAGAAAGCACGCAACCGCGAGGAUUAGCUCGUUGGGAAGGUUGAGGAGCAAAUUGUGGCCAUGAUGGUUUUGGACAUGGCCGAUUUGCCCUCUUGCUGAGCCUGUGUCGGCCGUUUCUGCAUCCUUCAUCUGUUCAAUUCCUCAGACUUGGUGUGGGGCAGGAUAUCAAGACUAUUGGAGGUCGAGAAGUUGAAGCUGAGGACGUGGCUGAACGGGUUUCAAGACUUCACUUGCGUUUCUACAUCUUACAGUACAAGGGUGAGUGAUCAAUGGAUGCUGCUGCGUGCUUUUCUCCGCAAGAGGACCAGUACGGGGCAUAACGCAAUAUACUUGGGUGCUACAAGCAUGAGACUGUCAGAACUGAAAUGUACAUUUCUUCAUCUUCUCUACGGGGUGUAUAUUGUCCAAGACCGACUUAUCCGUCUAGUCGACCCAGCACAGGACCUUGCCCUCAUCCACCGAAUCGCCCUUGUUCACCUUGCACUGAAACUUGCCGUCCAUGGACAUGGAGAUGUUCAUUUCCAUCUUCAUGCUCUCGACGACCAUGACGAUUUCGCCGGCCUUGACGUCGUCUCCGGGCUUCUUAAGAACCUGCAACACUUUGCACGGCAUGGGCGCCUUGACGGCAUUCGACUCUGUGGAGCUAGCAGCCACCACGUCGUCUCGCAAGCUCUCGCAGAAACUUAGGAUGUCGUAUACCUUGAAUGCGAACCAGUUGCCCAAAGCAGGGAUGUGGCAGUAGACCUCGCGGCCUGAGCCUGAACCGGCCGCCUUGAACGAGGUUGAGGGCUUAUCGGUGAUGAAGGAGCCAGCGAUCUUGUGGCCAUCGACUGUCAAUUCGGCCGAGGUUGCUAACCAAGGACUUGAUGUCAAGGCUGCUGGUUCAGGCAGGACGUCGCGCUGUUUCCAUUCUAAUUCAUGGCUGGACGAAGUCGACACCACUCCGGACCGAAGUUUGUUGCUGAUGCUGUUGUAGCGCGCCGACACCUCGAGAGCGGGAGAUUUGUCCUUUUGGUCCUUGCUAUUGCUGGAGUUGGGGUCGAUGGUCUUUUCCUCCAGUGGGAUGACAGCAAUAUUGUUCUUUGUGUUGUUUUGUUGGUUAUCAGAGGACGGUUUCCAGACGACCAGGAGCGGUUGUUCAUUGCCAUGUGACUGGAUCCGUUUCACGAUCCUGGAGCUGACGUUGACCGGGUCAAAGCGCUGGUUCUUGAAGGCCUUGCGCACAUUCCUGAACGGUGUUUUGGUGUUGGUAUUGGACAGCGCAAACUCGUCUCGCAAGAACGACGCGGUGACCACGGAAAGAACCGAGUUCUCGUCAAAUCCCGGACCUAAAGAGUACGGAGGUUUGAGCAGCUCUCCAAGGUUGUUGGGGAUGAACGAGGUGGUGUAGGCGGGAUUGCUUCGGAAUUCCGGGUGCAAGAGACAACUCUGCAGAAACAGCUGGUUGGUCUUGACGCCAACACAGGCCGUAUUGGCCAUGACGCGGGCCAUUUUCUCGACGGCCUCGGCGCGAGUCGGCGCCCAUACGAUGAUUUUGGCAAUCAUGGAAUCGAAAUAAAUCGACACCUCGGUUCCCGUCCGCAUGGCUGUCUCGUAUCGGAUAUCUCUUGCCUCCUCUGAUGAUGCCGCCACAUACGGCUUCCAAAGACGUACCAUGCCGUGUUCGGGCAUGAAGUUACGCUGCGGAUCUUCAGCACAGAGCCGACAUUCAAUGGCGUGGCCCUUCUGGGGGAUUUGGUUGAGCUCCGGCAAAUCAGUAAACCGACCUCCUGCCGCGGCGUACAAUUGUAGCGAAACGGCGUCCAAGCCCGUCACCUCUUCGGUGAUGGGAUGCUCGACCUGUAGUCUAGUGUUGACUUCUAGAAAGUAAAAGCGACUGUCCUUGACAUCGACAACGAACUCGACCGUGCCGGCUCCUUCGUAACCCAACAGUUUCCCAAUCUUGACGGCCGUCUCACACAGACUCUUGCGAGUUUUGGCGUCCAGGAACGGAGACGGCGUUUCCUCAAUGAUCUUCUGAUGUCGACGUUGCACGGAGCAUUCGCGCUCCCACAGGGACAAGACGUUUCCAUACGAGUCUCCCAUGAUCUGGACCUCGAUAUGCUUGCCGGCCUCGAUAUAUUUCUCCAAAAUGCAGUCGCUGGACCCAAACGAUCUCUCGGCUUCGGACCGCGCGCUCUGCAGUUCGCCUCUGAGUUUCGACCGUUCAUGCACAAUCCGCAUUCCACGCCCGCCGCCCCCAGCGGACGCUUUCAGCAUCACCGGAAACCCAAUCUCCUCGGCGGCGGCUUCUAGGUCUUCCACGUUCUGACUUGACCCUGUGAAUCCGGGAAUCAGGGGAACGCUCGGCUCGUGCUUGCGCAAGUAGUCCUUGGACGUUCGUUUGUCUCCCAGAGUUGACAUGGCUUUGGAGCUGGGCCCGAUGAAGAUCAAUCCGGCGUUCCGUACGGCAUCUGCGAACUCGCCGUUUUCGCUGAGAUAGCCAUAUCCCGGAUGCACAGCGUCCGCGCCUACUGACAGCGCCACAUCCACUAGCAGCUUGAUGUUCAGGAAUGGAUUACCGCUUUCUUGCUGGAUGCUUCCUACGCAAACUGCUUCGUCGGCAACUUCGACAUGUCGCGAUAGUGAAUCCCUAGGCCUUGUCAGUAUAAAUUGCAACAGAUUGAUUGAUUGGAGCGCGACUUGGCUGCUUGUUGUGCCCCCGUCACUGCUGCUGUCGCUGGUUGGGCUGGGCUAAAAGGCUUAAGGUUGAACUUACUCUUCAGCAUAGAUCGCCACAGACUGAAUGUUCAGCUUCCUGCACGUCGCGACCACUCGGCAUGCAAUCUCUCCUCGGUUGGCGAUGAGGACUUUUUUGAUUUUGGGUUGGCCGUUCUCGUCCCGUGGCAGAGGUGCCACGAACAACGGCGGCCGGAUUACCAUGCUGUCGGUGUCUCUGUUUUGCAGCAACGACGUGAAUAACCUUUCACCAGUGCAGCAGAUAUUCUUUCCAGCAAGAAACGCGCAAGACAGUAACAGUUGGCCUCCUCUCAAUAAGGUUGUAUGUUGUUGCAGAGUAACGUUAGGUACGAUUAGGUCUGGGACUGGGAUCAUGUACGGCGAGCAACCGGCUUCAAGUUCCCCAUAUCUUUCAAGAUGGGUUCCAGCGAGGGAAGGGGAGCGUCCCCGCCAAUCGGCUGGUUUGACGGGCUACUCCCAUGCCAGGUCCUCCUAAUCCCCCAGGUUGAGGACAAGUGGGCCCGGUCCGGCGACUCCCACUUUGCCGUGCAUUGCCAUUGCCAGUGCCCCGUGCGGCUCAGCCUCGGCCGUCUCCAGCGCAAGGUGGCUUUCGCAAAGGUUCUCCAGGGUUCCUCGUCAACCGUCACUGCCCACCGUUAGACAAGGCCAAAUCAGCCGCUGAUGUCUUGUGCAGUAGUACAAGAUUCAGAUUCUAGGGUUCACCUUAGCCUGGGAGCAACCAGAUGCUUCAAACCACGGUGUGACGAGUCAUUUGUCGUUGCGAUGCAGACAGAUCACAUUUUCGCUGGCGAUCGUGUUGCCGCCGAACCAAGGCAACAAGACAGGCGAUUACGAUCUUCAUCUCGCUUUGACUACCAAAUGAAGUGUCCCCAACCCGGCAAGGCUGCAGGCGCACUAUUCUACUCGAUGCUGCACACACGACAGGUCAGGUGCCGACAAGAUGACUCUGAUGGGCGUUCAACAUCUGAAUGAUCCCUUCUCUCCAGUGCUCUACAACGUUGUAGUAGUGUGUCCAACCUUGUAUAUGAUCUAUUUACGACUAUAACUUUGCCUUCAACUCUGGCUUCUUGCCCUCGACCAACUUGUUCCCCAAAUCUCGCAGCUUAUGCUUCUGGUGCUUGCCGCUGCCGGUCUUUGGGAAGUCCUCUCCGACGCCUGGAUCACCGAUCCAAAAGACAUAUUGGGGCGCCUUAUGCGAUCCCAACCGCUGUCUGCACCACUGGAAGAUCUCCGACUGGUUCGGCCGCCGCGGGACCUCGUUGUGCAGUCUCAGAAAGCAGCCGACCACCUCUCCGUAUCGCGUGUCUUUGAUUCCAACAACAGAUGCCUCGGCGAUGGCUUCGUGCUCCAGGAGUCGAUCUUCGAUUUCGACGGGAGAGAUAUUUUCGCCGCCUGGAGUGCGUGAGUCAGCAUUUGUCGCAAAAUGAAUAUACAUACACAUUUGUGGAUGUUUACAACAUACCUCUGAUAAUCAAAUCCUUGAUCCUACCCGUAACGACACAAUGACCAUCUUCAGUAAUGACACAUUCAUCACCAGUAUGCAUCCAGCGAAUGCCAUCCUUGUGCACUUUCAUAGCCUCUGCGGUCUUUUCUUCAUUGCGCCAGUAUCCCUUUUGCAAAGCAAAGCCGGCCGUGCACAGCUCGCCAGGAACUCCCCGAGGCACGAUAUCGCCAUUCUUGUCGAUGAUCUUUGCCGAAGUGUGAGGGAAAAUCUUACCAACAGUAGUAGCGCGCAGUUCAUCCGGGUCUUCGAGAGGAGUCAUGAACGUGACGGGACUGGUCUCAGUCAUACCGUAAGCAAUCAAAGUCUUUUGCACGCCCAAUUCGCGCUGUAACUCCUUCAUCAAUGGCGCGGGGACGGUCGAGCCCGCGGCCAAUCCGACGCGCAACGUGUCGAUCUUGUACCCCUUUUUCCGGUUCGCUUCCAUCUCCGCGAUAAACAUGGUCGGCACGCUCAGCAGGGCCGUACACUUGUAUUUGACCAGAGCGUCCAGCACCAGAUCGGCGUCGAAUUGGUCGCAGGGGAACACAAUCGUGCUGGAAUGCGUGUAUGAGCCCAAGAACCCCAUCACCAAUCCGAAACAAUGGAACAGUGGCGGCGGGCAGCACACCACGUCCUCCGGUGUCAAAUGGAGUCCGUCGCCGAAAAACCGUGCGUCAUUAAUCAAAUUGAAGUGUGUCAGCAUCGCUGCUUUCGGUGCCCCCGUGGUUCCGGACGUGAAUUGGAGAUUGAGCACGUCGCUGUUCUUGACUUUGCGUUCUGCUCGUCGCAAAGUGGCGUCGUUCAUGAAGAUGGAGUUGCCGUUGUCGGCGAACGCUUUGUAUAGUUGCGUUUCUCGCACUGAUGAGUUGAAGGAGAUAUCUGUUGGGUUGUCUGUCGAAAGAAGAACCACUCGUUUCAGUUCUGAUAGGCCCUCGUCGUUGCCACAUGCCGCUUGGAUGUGUGGUGAUAGUGACUUUUUGCCAAUGUUCCGUGCUAGGAAUACCAGUUUGCAUGCUAGAUUGGACUUUUAGUAUCUUUCCACCAAGAAAUGCCUUGAAACUGGGAGGAG